AUGUUGACCACAGCCACCAACACCAAAAACGUCCGACUCCGAGAACAAUUCGAGCAGGAGCAGAAAGCCUUUAAACAAGGAAUUGAUUUAGAAGAAGAAAGCGCUAGUAAAAAACCAAAAAGUGUGAAGCCAAUUAUUAUGUAUCGACCAGGACAAAAUCAAUUAGACUUGUAUAAGCCUGGAAAAUCUGUGCGUAUUUUCAUACCUGCAAAAUAUUUAUUAUCAGAAAAUAACGUGAGAGACCGAAAGAUAUUUGGUACAGACAUUUACAGCGACAAUAGUGAUAUUAUUCUUGCUUGUCAACAUGUAGGAUUAUUGCAAGAUUUACCGUUAAGCAAUUGUAAAGGAAUUCUUGUUACAGUUCUGAUUGAAAAGCCACCAAGAAAAUAUGAAGCAUCCUUCCGAAACAAUGUUCGUUCUAGAGCAUGGACAAAUAUCUCCGAUACAGACUCCAAUGCAUUCAAAAUUCAAGAUGUAAAAGUAAUAGCGGAUGAAACUAGUUUUCUCACUAAGCAAACACCAGUGGACAAAUCUAACUUUAGUUAUGGAAUCGAACAACAUAGAUUUUUGUCCAAUGUUACAAUUGUUUUUGGUUUGACAUGCGAUCCUGCUGUUAAAUACACAAUCAACUCUGUUUCCGAUAGAGGAUAUAGUAAUGGAGAUUUAACUAGCGCUCGUUUAAAGAAUGGUGAAGUUUUGAUACUUGAAACUGAAAAUUCCAAACAUGAACUCAAGUAUGAUAAAACAGCAAAGAAAUAUGUUUGGUCAACCAUCUCAGAAGAUAAGGGAACCUUAGUAUCAGAGCCCAAGAUUUCUGAUUUAGAUUGGCAAGAACUUAAAUGGGGCCAUGAGUCAGUCAUUGUCAGGGACACUGAAUACAAGCUGACACUCACGUUCUUUCAAAAACCAUGA